UUUUUUUUGACACUUGACGAUGAGUGUAUUUUGAAAGAUGGCGACAACUCGGGCAUUAAAUCGAAAUGUCCCCUACUUAAAACAACAAUUUUCGGCUUUACUCAAAAAUACGUCGCCUGUGAUAACAUUUAUUUGUGUCGUGACAAUAUGCGGUUACUUGCUAUCAUUUUCAGAUACGGCCGUGCGCGUACUAAGUGUCACGCCAGGCUACAUUUUGCCACCUGCAUUCUGGAUAUGGACAGCAUUCACGUUUUGUUUCAUUGAAUUUCACUUCUGGGAGGUUCUCGUGGAUAUCGUGACGGUGGGAUUGUGCGGAAAAUUGAUCGAGCCACUAUGGGGGCAAAUGGAGAUGUUUAUAUUCUUUGGGAUCGUCAACCUGGGAGUCGCGAUCCUGACGGCCUUCUACUAUUUGUUUGUAUACAUGUGCACGAAAAAUGCGGAUAUUUUGUUUGAUAUACACAUACAUGGCUUGAUUGGCUAUGUGGCUGCCGUCAGUGUUGCCGUCCGACAGAUUAUGCCCGAUCACUUGAUCGCGAAGACACGACUUGGGAAGUUUACGAAUCGCAAUGUCCCAUUAACCGUACUAUUCGCUUCCUUGGUCCUGUGGGCGGUAAACAUACUGGAUGGAACCUAUCCAGCGAUGUUUUGUUCCGGACUCAUUGUUUCCUGGAUCUACCUAAGAUUCUACCAGCGUCAUCCAAAUGGACGCGGCGACAGCUCGGAGAGUUUCACGUUUGCCAGCUUCUUUCCUAAUGUUAUGCAGCCAGUCAUCAGUAUGUUGGUUAAUCCUGUUUAUCUGUGUUGUUUGAAAGUGGGUUGUGUCCGACCGCCCGCGCCGCCACGUACAAGUUCUACGACAAGUUUAACAUCAGUAACAGUAUCGAUACCGGGGGUUGAUCCUCACGAUAUCGAACGAAGACGACAAAUUGCUCUCAAGGCUUUGAGCGAACGAUUGAAAACAACCGACUCGAAUCGUCAAAAUUCCUUGCCGAAAUCUUUUCCUCCGCCCGGAAAGCAACACCAUCACCACCACGGGCAUGGUCCGGGCCACCAUCACUUUGGGCAUUCCCAUCACCAUGGGCCUCAGCACCAUCUAGGCAGCCAUCAGCAUCAGAUGGGACCUGCUACCGAGGCUCCUAGGAUGCAUGGUUUCGUGCUCCAUCCCGACAUUGCAAUUCCACUAGGUCCACCACCUUCUGCACAGCCUCAUCCGUCAACGAGCAAUCCAACGACAUCAUUUGCAGAGUCAUCGUCGACACCGCCUGCACCGCCCAUAGCCGCGCAUACAGAAAACCUAACAGCCCCAAAGUGAUAUGUGAAAACGACUUAGUAACUCCUUAGUACACGAUGAUUUUUGUGUAUUGAUAAUAAUGAUAAUGUUUAAGUGUAAUUAUUAUAUAGAAAGAGGAAAAAUAUAUUUGCAAUUAUUUUACAAUAUCACACUAACCGAAGCGGAAGUAACGAAUUGGGUGUAUAUGUUCGAGUCCUGCAGAGAAUCUGUAGCAAUUUCCUGUGAAUGCAUAAGCAAACAAUGAAGAGUGUGUUGUAGUUGUCUAAACAAAUCUAAUACAGAAACGAUAUUUUCUUAAAUCCACAUCCAAGGUGCGUCCAGUUUAUUUUUUGUUUUGUUACUCGUUUUAUGAAUGUAUAUAUAUAUCUGAUUUUAAAAGAAAUAAUAGAGACUUGCGAGUUUUAAAAAUGUGGAAUGAAUAAAUUUUCGAUUAAGUCUA